AUGGAGCAGGGGUUGAGGGAUUGUUGCCGAUCGGUCCGCAUAGGGAAAAUCUUGAUACAGAGAGACGAAGAGACAUGCAAACCAAAACUGUUCUAUGAGAAGCUUCCUACCGAUAUAUCUAGCCGCUGGGUUUUGCUGCUCGAUCCGAUGUUUGCAACUGGAGGCUCCGCUACCCUUGCUGUUGAGAUCCUGAAGGCGAAGGGUGUGCCCGAGGAUCGCAUCUUAUUCCUGAACCUCAUUGCUAGUCCCUCCGGGGUUGCGGAUUUUGCUGAACGCUUUCCCAAACUCAGAGUUGUCACUGCUUUCAUUGACCAAGGCUUGGAUGACAAAAAGUACAUAAUUCCGGGUCUUGGUGACUUUGGUGACCGAUACUAUACCCUAUAA